ACGAUGAUGAAGAAGAAGGAGCAGCUGCUGCAGGAGUUUGAUGAAGGGCCUCUGGACUUUCAACCCACCUACAAGUUUGACCUAAACUCCGACAAUUAUGACAGCAGCGGUAAGAAGCGUAAACCGGCCUGGACCGACAGGAUUCUGUGGAGGCUGCGACCCGCUGAGGAGGAAGAGGGAAACUCUGCUCUGGAGGUGAAAGAGGAAGAGGAGGAAGAGGAGGAGAAGGAGGAAGAGGAGGAGUUCCCGCUGAAGAUCAGGCAGGAUCUGUACACCUGCAACAUGGAGUUCAGCAUCAGCGACCACAAACCAGUCACCGGGGUCUUCACUCUGGAGCUGAAGAAGAGGUUCACUGCUCCUCUGGUGCGUGUGAAGGCAGAAGGAGAGUGGAGUUCAGAGCUCGACGCGGUGGUUCUGUACCGAGCGAUGCAGCCGUUCCCCUCCAGCUCCUGGGACUGGAUCGGACUCUUUAAGGUGGGGUUCAGCAGCGUGACGGACUACAUCACCUACACCUGGGUCAAAGACGACGAGAUGAACUCCAGUGAGGAAGCCACUCAGGUGUAUGUGAGUAAAGAGGAGAUCCCUGUGCGGGGGGGGCGAUUGUGUGUUGUGUUACUACAGUGGUGCUCUGCAGUGCGUCAUCGGAGUCAGUGAACCAUUCAAGGU